AUGGUUUCUCUUUCCCAAAAACAAGAAUCCCUUCUCCAAUGUCCGAUUUUUGAUGCCCUUUGUUGUGCAGAAGAGCGUUUUGAGGAAGAUUUGGAUGUUGGGUUUGGCUUCCAAGAACUUAAAACUAAUGAUUUCCAUGAGAUUUAUGAAAAGCCCUUGCCCUUCUUCUUUGAACAUGACCUUUUCUGGGAAGAUGAUGAACUUGUGAACCUUUUGUAUAACGAAAAACAGAGCCGCUUGAUUUAUGAGGAAAUAAAUUCAGAUGGGUCUUUAGUAAUUGUUAGAAAGGAGGCUAUUAAAUGGAUUCUAAAGGUUACUCGGCACUAUGGAUUUACUGCUUUGACUGCUGUUUUGGCUGUUAAUUAUUAUGAUAGAUUUGUUACGAGCUUUUGCUUUCAGAAGGAUAAGCCAUGGAUGAGUCAAUUAGCUGCUGUGACCUGUCUUUCAAUAGCUGCAAAGGUGGAGGAAACUCAGGUGCCUCUUCUAUUAGAUCUUCAAGUGGAAGAAUCAAAGUAUUUCUUUGAGGCGAAGACUAUUCAGAGAAUGGAACUUUUGGUGCUAUCCACUCUUCACUGGAAGAUGAAUCCUGUUACCCCAAUCUCAUUCUUUGACCACAUUGUCAGGAGAUUUGGAUUCAUGAAUGACCCACAUUCUCAGUUCUUGAGUAGGUGUGAGAGCCUCCUCCUCUCUAUUAUCACUGAUUAUAGGGUUUUGGGUUGCCUUCCAUCUGUUGUUGCAGCUGCAACGAUGAUAUUUAUCAUUAGAGAUAUUGACCAUACUGAUGCACAGGAAUGCAAAAAUCAGCUUAUGAGUGUGCUCAAAAUCAGCAAGGAAAGGAUUGAUGAUUGCCAUGAACUUAUCCUGGACAUAAUUGAUGAUCAUGGCCAAAAGCAAUGCGACAAGAAGAAACACAAGUCUAUUCCAGACAGUCCAAAUGGUGUGAUCAAUGCAUACUUUAUUUGCGAUAGCUCCAACGAUUCGUGA